CUUGGUGUUCUCUCAGCUGCCCACCAUGGCCUGGGGACUGCCCAGCACCGACAGCCUGGUGCGCUUCUGCCAGAAACUGAACCGACUAAAGCCACUGGAGGAGUCCACCAUGGAGAGAUCACAGCAGCACCACCUGACCACGCUGGACCUGACCCUGAUGGGUGUGGGUGGCAAGGUGGGUGUGGGCCUCUACGUACUCACAGGCACCGUGGCCAAGGGGGCGGCCGGCCCUGCAGUGCUUGUGUCCUUUGGUGUGGCUGCUGUGGCCUCCCUGCUCACAGCCCUAUGCUACACAGAGUUUGCAGAACGUGUACCCCUUAGGCGCUCUGCCUACCAGUUUACCUACGUGUCCAUGGGUGAGCUGUGGGCCUUCCUUGUUGGCUGGAAUGUGCUCCUUGAGUGCCUCAUUGGUGGUGCCGCCAUGGCCCGCGCUGGCAGCAGCUACCUGGACACUGUCUUUAGCCACCGCAUCCGCAGCUUCACCGAGGCCCAUGUCGGCAUCUGGCAGGUGCCCUUCCUGGCCCAGUACCCAGACUUCUUGGCAGCUGGUGUCAUUCUUUUGACUUCUGCAUUUGUUUCCUGUGGAGCCCGUAUCUCUUCCUGCCUCAACCGCACCUUCUCUGCCAUCAGCCUGGUUGUCAUCCUCUUCAUCAUCAUCCUGGGUUUUGUCCUGGCCCGCCCGCACAACUGGAGUGCUGAGGAGGGCGGCUUUGCGCCCUUCGGCUUCUCCGGCAUCAUGACCGGUGCUGCCACAUGCUUCUAUGCCUUUGUGGGCUUUGAUGUCAUUGGUGCCUCCAGCGAGGAGGCCCAGAACCCAAAGCGAGCCAUGCCUAUGGCCAUUGUGAUCUCCCUUGGCCUGGUAGCUGGUGCCUACAUCCUUGUCUCCACUGUGCUCACACUCAUGGUGCCCUGGCACAGCCUGAACCCUGAUUCAGCACUCGCAGAUGCCUUUUACCAGCGGGGCUAUAGCUGGGCGGCCUUCAUCGUGGUGGCUGGCUCUACCUGUGCCACGAGCACUGUCCUUCUCAGCAACCUAUUUGCACUGCUGCGCAUUGUCUAUGCCAUGGCUGCCGACGGGCUCUUCUUCCAGGUGUUUGCCCACGUUAACUCCGAGAGGCAGGGGUCCAUGGUGGGGAUUCUGGUGUUUGGGGUCCUCAAGGCUUUCCUGGCACUGCUGCUGGACAUUGAGGUGCUGGUCUGGUUACGCUGCAUCAGCACACUGCUGACCUUUACCUUCGUGGCCACCAGCAUUAUCAUUCUACGCUUCCGAAAGUCUGCUCCAUCCAGUUCUCAGGACCCAGGCAGCCCUGUGGGCACCGAACAGACCUCAGACCCUGAGCCCGGGCAGCUGCGACCAGUCCUGAGGCCCUACCUCGGCUUCCUGGGUGGCGGCAGGCCUAGAGCUGCUGUGUCUUGGGCCCUCGGUGUCUUGGUGGUCUCGGCCAUCACCCUGGACUGCGUGCUGGUCUUCAGGGACUCAGCCCUGCACCUCCCGCCCUGGGGCUACACCCUGCUGCUCCUGCUCAGCUCCAUCACGUUCCUGCUCAGUCUCCUCGUCCUGGGGGCCCACCAGCAGCAGCGCCGGCAGGACACCUUUCAGGUUCCCAUGGUGCCCCUGACCCCCGCCCUGAGCAUCUUCUUCAACAUCUUCCUCAUGCUGCACCUGAGCUACAUGACCUGGCUGGGCUUCUCCAUCUGGCUGCUGAUCGGACUCACGGUGUAUUUUGGCUACGGCAUCUGGCACAGCAAGGAGAACCAGCAGGAGCAGCCGGUGUUGACUGCCCCACACGGCAGCCUGGAGGAGACGGUACAGGCCCUGCAGCCCCCCAGCCAGGCACCAGCCCAGGAGCCCAGCCACAUGGAGCAGCCCACCAGUCCAUGA